AAAAAGGGAUAUAUCGAGCGCCUCCAACUGGAACACCAGAAAGAAAGAUGAGGGAAAGAUUUUAGGGCGACAGAAAUAAUAUGUUGGCGGUGAGCAAAGUUGAUGGUGUUUUCCGAUCAGUAUCCGAGGCAAGGCAAGAGAGCAAGUUUGUGUCUGGGUAUCCAUCUUUUGUAAGUAUACAACUCAACACUCCAGGCCCUGCCUCCAAUACCCAAUGAAGUCGAGACUCGCUGCUUCAGUUUAUCCGCUACUCGUUGGUGAAUGGAGAAGAGACGUUUGUAAAUCCAUUUCGCUUGCUUCAAUGUUCCCCACCUUCAAUGGAAGAUGCCAUUUUGUGAGCAGGUUCUGCUACCUAGGACUUCAGAGCCCAGUCAGGGCAAUGCAUACUUCCAUUGUCGAAGAUGACUUCUCAGAAUUAGGCCCACCUGUGGCUGGAAAUGCUGCUAUGCCACUGAAAUUGGUCACAGAGAAAGUAGAACCUUUUUUGCGUAAAACUGACUUUGGAGGCAAAGCAUCACUGAGCAGGCCUUUUCCUGCAGAAUGUAGAUCGGGCAUAAAGGAUACUAACCUAAAUCUUCAUAAAUCUUUUCAAACGUCAAACUUCAAACUUCAGGACAACAAUGAUGUUUCUACCUUAGCAGUUAACCACAAGGGUUCCUUACAAGUACAUAGUACAACAUUCGUUAACCAGAAGGGGAGAAAGGAUAGUUCUUGCUCUAUUUCAGUUCAGAAUGUUCCUUCAACUCUUAGCCUUUCUGAUCUGGUUCAAGCAAUUUCAACAUUUGGAAAGAUUUCUGGUGCAUGUAUCAGGAGUUCCCCUGAUGGCUCUACUUGUUGCGUUGUUGACUUUGAGAAUUCAGAAUCAAGCAUGAGAGCGGUUUUGGCUGGUGGGAUUACAGUUGAGAGUGUUCAUCUUUCAAUUCGUCCUUUACAUUCCCCAGAGAUAGUUAGCAUCCGAAUUCAGGGGAUUGGCAAAGAGACUACUGAUCCAACAAUCCAUACUAUCUGUAAGUCAAUUGGUGCACUGGAGGGAUUGGCUAAGGCAGGUAAGGAUGCUGUAGAUGCCUUCUUUAGAGUGGAGAAUGACGCAGAGCUGCAAACUAUAGUAAAAAGGUUAAAUGGCAUGAAAAUUGAUGAUUAUUGCUGGUCUGCUUACCAACUUUCAAGUAACACUACCUCAAGUAUGAUUAUGGAGAGAGAGGAUGCCAAAAGCAAGUUGGGAUUGCUAAUGAAUAAUCGCCUCUUUGAAUUGAAAGGGCGAUUGGAUUGUAUGAAAGUGUACUCUGAGGAUUUGCAGCUUCUGCAUCUUGGAAUACUCCACCUUGAAGGGUUGCCUACCAUGAGUAAUCCAAGUCAAACUGACUGAGUUUUGCUUUUGUUGCCCCGAGGUAUUCUGGUGUUAUGACAUCUAUUUUGAUGCAAAUUCUGAUGCUUCGAGUUUGCAUCAUACAAGGUAUCUGCUAACCUUGAAUAGGGACUUGAUCAUUGCUGAGUCAGGUUACUGCGUGAUUAAUUCAUCAUAGUGCCACUAAGAAAAAUGCAGUUGCAUUAUUCUGAGGGGCACAACGUGUUUAUUUGCUUUUAAAUAUUUAAGGGAUGACGCUAGCUCGAGCAUCCUCGACCAUGCUUGUUAAGGUUAGAGCGACUAUGAACCGCCUUUCAAUUCUCAAUACUUUUCAAAUCCAAUUGCACAUUCUUAGUGGAUUUUUUA